UUGCAGUAACAUGUGGUAAUUUCUGUCAACUGAGUAGUUAUGCUUGAAAGUCUUCGAUAUAUUUUAUUUACCUGAUCACAGUUAAAUUUUUUAAACAGUUUAGGGAUGGCUUCGCCAGACAAAGAUGAAGUUAAGAUAGAUGGCAGUAUGCUAGAAGGGGGUGGACAGAUUUUACGGAAUGCUGCUGCUUUAAGUUGUUUAUUAAGUUGUCCAAUAUCAGUGAAUAAAAUAAGAGCUGGGCGUAGUAAUCCUGGCUUGAGGCCUCAACAUUUAUCAGGAUUACAAUUAAUGGCUGAAAUUUGUAGUGGUAAAUUAAAUGGUGGAAGAGUACAGUCAACAGAAAUAUCAUUUAAACCAGGAAAAGUGAAGGGAGGCAAUUAUUUGGCUGAUACUAAAACUGCUGGGAGUAUAUGUUUAUUACUACAAGCAGCACUGCCAUGUUUGUUGUAUAGUGAUAGUCCUAGUUCUUUAACAUUACGAGGUGGCACCAAUGCUGACAUGGCACCCCCAAUAGAUUUCUUUAAUCUGGUUUUUGGACCUAUGACAGCACAGUUAGGAGUACAGUUUGAUUUCCAAAUUAAAAGAAGAGGUUUCUUCCCAAAGGGUGGAGGAGAAGUAAGAGUAGAUAUUCAAGCUGUAAAAUGUUUAAAUAGUAUAAAAUUAUUAGAAAGAGGAGAUAUAAAACUUAUUACUAUACAUUCUUUUGUUGCGGGAAAUUUACCUCUUAAAGUAGCCCAGAUAAUGGCUGAUUAUGCUGAGAAGAAAAUAAAAGAGUUUUAUCGAGAUGUUGAUAUAAAACAAGAUGUUAUUAAAGAACCAGAACAUGGAGCUGUGGGAUCUGGUUGUGGUAUCAUGGUAGUAGCAGAAACCACAAAUGGUUGUUUACUAUCUGGUUCUGGGCUGGGUAAAAAGGGUGUACCAGCAGAGAAAGUUGGUACUGUAGCUGGUCAGAUGUUAGUAGACAAUUUACAGCAUGGAGGAUGUGUAGAUGAUUAUUUACAAGAUCAGUUGAUAUUAUUAAUGGCAUUAGCUAAAGGUAAAUCUGAAGUAUUGUGUGGUCCUGUAAGUUUACAUACACAAACAGCUAUACAUGUUGCUCAGUUACUAUCUCAGGCUAAAUUUAAUAUAAAGAAAAUUAGUGAAACAACAAAUAUGAUAGAAUGUGAAGGAAUAGGAUUAGAAAACCAGUGAUAUAUACUUUCUGAAUACUGUAGUGCUGAGCAAUAGGCUCCCUAAGUGUUCUUUAAUAAUGGGGAUAAUGUCAACUUAAUGGUGACAUACCAGUACAUGUAAGACUGAGUUGCCCUAUGUCAUCAGUGCUGAGAUAAUUUAUUGCUUAUUUGUCAUGUUUCUUUAAGACUAUCAAUAUGCUGUAUACACAAACAGCUCAAGGUCAAGAAAUAAUCCAUUUGGUAGAAAAAUAUAGUUACAGGGAAAUAAAUAUGAUAUUUAAGAUGUUAUUAAUGACAUUUCUAUAUUCGGAAUUUCUUGUAGAUGCAGUAGGUAUUGUCGUAUUGUCGUCAAGUUAAAACUAAAAUUGUUUUAAUAAGGUUGUUAUUUAAAACUUUUCUAUGCUGUAGGAUAUUAAUUAAUCAUUUGUUUUUUUAAAACAUUUGAAUUCUGUAUUUACAAUUAUUGUACUUAAUUAGCAUGAAUUUACCAUUUGUUAUUAUAUAUUUAUUUACCAUGACUUUUUAAUUCCUCGGCUGGGAUGCCGAAGGCAACCUGAAGGGAGGUUCGGGGUGUUAUCCUGCCUAGCAAAUGAUGAAAAUUUGAGUCAAUUUCCUGGCUUUUUCUGUCAUUGCUGGGAGGUAAUGAACUAGUGGAUCAGAAAUGGGAAGAAGCUAGAGAUCUGCCUGUCAAUUCUUCCUUUUUUGUGAGAGUUAGUAUAAGACCACUAUACGGAGCUGUUAAUAUUUAGGGACUGGACCUAGGAGGAGGAGAGGGGUGCUGUCACCGUGGUGCUACGCUGCUGUAAACAGAGAUAAACAAUUUGAUUUGGCGAUGCUUUGGAGCAUAAUAACUUUGAUUCUAAUUCAAUGGGACUGAUGAAACUAGGAGUGUAGUUUCAUUACAUCAAUACCUUGGCCAAAAUCAAUAAUGCAAAUUUUCUACGAUUAAAUUACUGGAUGCUUUAGAAAAAGAUAAAUGUGCAAUUGUCAUCUAUUUAUUUUAGGAUUACGGUGGGUGACAUCAGCCUUACUUGUUGUUGCAUUCAUAAGCCAAUAUUAUUGUUCGAAUUGCCAAUUUCCUGGCGAGCGUAGUGUGCCAUUUAUUGGCCUAAAAUAAAACUGUGCUAUAAAUGUUGCUCAAAUAACUAUGAUAAAAUUAACAGUUUUGUAAAUGUAUUAAAGUAGAUCUAAUAAAAUACAACUUCUUGACACAUUAAGUGGGUUAAUGUCCAUUAUUUAAAUUUAACAAAAAUAAUGAAUUUAAAGGUCUUCUUUAGAUAGUUAUCUACAUGAUGCAAGGUUUGCCGAAUGGUUUGUGUGUGUGCGCUGUAUCAUAAGGUCUGUCAUUCAGUCAGCUGGCUUGGUUUUGAUUCCCCAUUUGUAGGUGACAAGGAGUAUGGUCGCCUGUCCAACCUCGUAGGUUUUCUCUGGGUCCUUCGGUUUCCUCCCACUGCUAAAGACCCCGACUUGCAAGGAAAUUAUUGAAAUAGAGUUGAAACUAUGUGUUAGUCCCAAAAUAACCUAGUUUGUGUCGAGUGGACAUUAAGCCCCAUUUCUCUCUCUCUCUUUAGAUUCCAUUCUGACCUCAAUAUUCAAGGAUAGAAAAAUGUUAUUCUGCUGUAACUGACUGACUUUCUAAGACAGAAAAAUGUUAUGUCAUGAAAUAAGUAGAAGGUAAUGAGAAUUUGAGCUGACCAUCAUUUUAGAGCAAUUGGAAUCCCUUGCAAACUACAAUAUUGUGAAAGAUUAAUCCCUAAUAGCAAUAACAAUCCAAAAAUUUGAUUCAAUUUGGUAUAUACAAAGUUAUGUUGAAUUAAAAUUCCAUCGAUCUAUGUUGCUUGCUAUGUAUUAAGCCUGCCACCAUUUUGUUGAGCAGAAUUGAUAGGCCUUUUUUAAAUCUGAUUGAAUCCAAGUAGAGAGGUCUGAGUAGAUAUUACUGAAGAUUAAGCUGAAUAAAAUUUGAUAUUUUAGUGAAAAAUCCAAAUCAGGUAUUGUUACUUUAAAAAAAAACAAGGACUAAAAAGAAAUAAAGACAAGUAUGGCAACAUUAACCCUUGUCUUGACAAAGUUACCUAUAGCUAGAGGGUAGGUAAUCUACAAAUGUCAUGUGCAUGUUAUAUAACCCAGGUUUUUCAUGUCAAGAUAAUUAAUGCUGAUAUGGGUUGGUAGGUGCAUGAAAAAAAAAUAUAUCUUUCACUUCAUCUUUAUGACAUAACAGUGAGCCAAGUCAUGUAAUUCUUUAAAACAAUCGGUUUAUGAUACAAUAUGAAUAAUCAAUUGUUGUAUAUUUAAGUAAAGAAAUGGGUUUGUGCUCCAUCAAGAAAAACAGAAGAGUCUGAGACUGUGUUAAUUCCUAUAUGAAAUUAGAUAUGAAUCUUGAGAAACAGUUUUAUGUGUAAAACUAUAAAGUUGUCCUCAGUAGUAUAAUCUUGGGUAUUCAGCAAAAAAUAUAACCUCCUGUAUUAUUUGAAUUUACAAUUUUUACUAUUUAAUAUAUUUUAAUUCUGACUCCUCUUACAUAAAGAUAUUUUAAAUUUGAAUCUAGUUUUUGAAACCAUUAUUAUCAUAAGAUACAAAUUAGUAUUGUUUAUGAAAAUAUGUAAGGCAUUCAUUAUACUUGACUUUUAUUUUAAUUUGAGACAAGAAAUGUAGUAGCAGUUUUCUAAAAACAACUUCUGGUUUAAAAUAUUUUAAAUAAAUAAACUGUUAAUGGAUUUUUGUAAUCGGUGAACAAAUGAUAUGGGGAUGGGGUCAUCUUUUAGUUCAGACUAAAUUAUAAUCUAUCCACCAACUAUGUACACUCAUUAAAGCGCAAUAGUUACACUAGUUUCUCACAGAUGAAAGUCAGAGUGCAGGUUUGUGAGCCUUCGGCAAAUCUUUCAUAUUAAUUUUGAUUAACUGUUUAUUUUAAAGUAUAGAUCAUGCAUGCUUCGGGCUUUUCUUGGUAAUAAACUUGAAGGUAUGAUAUUUAUGUCUUUCAACUCCCAUUGUCUUUAUGCCUAAAGCCGGGGUUUUGUCGAUCUUAGAACUGACAUUAACUGGUUUCAACUGACUUCUACUGAAAAUGGGUCCACCUUAAAGCAACGACGAUAGUUCCAGUCGGUUGAAGCCAAUCAUUCAAUUUGGACUGCUCAUAAAUUUUCGAUGAACAUGUGAUCAGAAAAUUCAAAAUAUGAAUGUAUAUAAGUUUAUAUACACUAGUAUUACAUUAGUAUGUGCUUUUUCGCCCAUAUUUACGUAUGUGCUUUUUCGCCCAUAUUUACGUAUAUUUUAGGUUCCAAAGAAUCGAAAUUUGCCUUCUUUAAAACUACUAAACAUCCACUCGGUACAUCUAUGAAUGAAUGAAUGAAUGGGGUUUAAUAUCCUACUUUUCUGCACCAACUAGGCGUACGCCAUAGAAUGGGUGUGCUAUGGGGGAUAUUUUGCCCGUACAGCAUAAUUAAAUUCCAACUGCCAGGAUUUUUUUUACAUCCACGCUGUGUACACUGUGCCUCAGUUAUUUCAUGGGCCUUAUAAUAUAAGGUCCAUGGGAUGACUGGAGUAAUCCGUACAAUCGAAACAACAAGACCCAUUCCUUGGCAGCCCUUCCAUCCUGCACCACUUUCCACUAUCAAUGGGAAACCACGCUGGGAACCACCCUCUAUGAAUAAAGCCCCUAAAGAGAAUUUUGAAAAUGACCUGACCAAUUUGCAAUCCUGUAGAAUAUUUUGUGUAGUUUUCUAUAGAAAUUCUAUAAAAACAAUUUACGGUUACAUUUUCACGUGGACGUGCCGGCAAUUAGGCCUAUAAGGCGUCGCUCUUCUAGCUCGGUCCGUUCAUAUUUUGUUUGUGAACACUUACAGGUCACAAUUGUUAUUCGAUUUUGAUGAAACUUAAUGUAUAUGUAUUUUUACCAAAACCAACUUGAAUGAAUUAAUAUAAAAGUAAACUCUUGUUUAAAAACAAUUACGUAUUUUUGUAAUGGUUACAAAUAGGUUUUAUUCCACUUUGUUUUUAAAAGAAUUUCUGUCCCUAGAAAUUAUGUCCAUCCUGUAACAGAGUAUUAAAUUAUAAAAUAAUAAAUGACCCCUUUUGUUGACGAAUGAUGUCCCCUUUGUUGACCCCUUUGUUGACGAAUGAUGUUCCCUUUGUUGACGAAUGAUGUAAUUUCCUGUGUUAGUUUCCCCCCCCCACCCAAUAUUUUAUAAAUAUGAUAUUUAAGAUGUUAUUAAUGACAUUUCUAUAUUCGGAAUUUCUUGUAGAUGCAGUAGGUAUUGUCGUCAAGUUAAAACUAAAAUUGUUUUAAUAAGGUUGUUAUUUAAAACUUUUCUAUGCUGUAGGAUAUUAAUUAAUCAUUUGUUUUUUAAAACUGAAUUCUGUAUUUACAAUUAUUGUACUUAUUAGCAUGAAUUUACCAUUUGUUAGUAUUUGUUUAUUUACCAUGACUUUUUAAUUCCUCGGCUGGGAUGCCGAAGGCAACCUGAAGGGAGGUUCGGGGUGUUAUCCUGCCUAGCAAAUGAUGAAAAUUUGAGUCAAUUUCCUGGCUUUUUCUGUCAUUGCUGGGAGCUAAUGAACUAGUGGAUCAGAAAUGGGAAGAAGCUAUAGAUCUGCCUGUCAAUUCUUCCUUUUUUGUGAGAGUUAGUAUAAGACCACUAUACGGAGCUGUUAAUAUUUAGGGACUGGACCUAGUAGGAGGAGAGGGGUGCUGUCACCGUGGUGCUACGCUGCUGUAAACAGAGAUAAACAAUUUGAUUUGGCGAUGCUUUGGAGCAUAAUAACUUUGAUUCUAAUUCAAUGGGACUGAUGAAACUAGGAGUGUAGUUUCAUUACAUCAAUACCUUGGCCAAAAUCUAAUUGAAUGAGACUGAUUAAAUUACUGGAUGCUUUAGAAAAAGAUAAAUGUGCAAUUGUCAUCUAUUUAUUUUAGGAUUACGGUGGGUGACAUCAGCCUUACUUGUUGUUGCAUUCAUAAGCCAAUAUUAUUGUUCGAAUUGCCAAUUUCCUGGCGAGCGUAGUGUGCCAUUUAUUGGCCUAAAAUAAAACUGUGCUAUAAAUGUUGCUCAAAUAACUAUGAUAAAAUUAACAGUUUUGUAAAUGUAUUAAAGUAGAUCUAAUAAAAUACAACUUCUUGACACAUUAA